GGGUACAAGUGAGAACAGCAGUGAGUUAGUCACCAUCAGGGGGUGGAUGUGCCACCAAGAGCUCCUGGAAGCUGCCUGAGUGUGUGAGGAACAGGGGGAGAGUUAGGUGACAAGAGUUGGGGCUCGAGUAUCCUUAGCUGCUGGGACUUUUUUCUCUGGCCAGUCUGUGAAAGCCUCUAAGGUCAAUGCAUCCUCUUCUUUCUCUCCUGGGCUCUAUGGAGUUGGGUGAGUGCAAGGAGCUGGGAGCAAUGAGCUCAGAUCUGCUGAGGUAGGUGUGUCAGACCUACCCAGAAGCAGGUCCUACCAGCCCAGCCCAGAGUGACACCAGCGGAAGCCGGUUUGGAGAAGCAGCAGAGCUACUGGGAGCACAGGUCACUACUGAUGAAGCUGUGACUAAAUGCUUCCAGCCCUUGGCAACCAUCUGACCCUGCUGACCUAGCCCACAUGCCCAUGUUUUGCCUCUGCCUGCUUUGGGACCGUCUCUGUACAACCACCAGGCUACCACCCUGGAGGUGAUGCUGGGACCUUGGUGUGCCCCAUGAUGCCCCCAACCUAGCUCCAUUUCUUUUUGACAAGAUGUUGCCCAACUCUUCCAUGUUGGAUAAUUCCUCAGCCAACACCACUUCUACCAACCCUGUGCCCUCAUGCCCUGACUACCGGGCCACCCAUCGCCUGCACAUGGUGGUCUACAGCCUGGUGCUGGCGGCUGGGCUGCCCCUCAACGCCCUGGCCCUUUGGGUCUUUCUGCGCAUGCUGCGUGUACACUCGGUGGUGAGUGUAUACAUGUGCAACCUGGCGGCCAGCGACCUGCUCUUCACUCUCUCGCUGCCCGUGCGCCUCUCCUACUACGUGCUACACCACUGGCCCUUCCCGGACCUCCUGUGCCAGACAUCGGGUGCCAUCUUCCAGAUGAACAUGUAUGGCAGCUGCAUCUUCCUGAUGCUCAUCAAUCUGGACCGCUAUGCAGCCAUCGUGCAUCCGCUGCGGCUGCGCCACCUGCGGCAGCCCCGCGUGGCGCGCCGGGUGUGCCUGGGCGUGUGGGCGCUCAUCCUGGUGUUCGCCGUGCCAGCCGCCCGCGUGCACCAGCCAUCGUCCUGCAUCUACCAGAACAGCACCGUGCGCCUGUGCUUCGAGAGCUUCAGAGAUGAGCUGUGGAAGGGCCGGCUGCUGCCGCUCGUACUGUUGGCAGAGGUGCUGGGUUUCCUGCUGCCCCUGGCAGCUGUGGUCUACUCGUCCGGCCGGGUCUUCUGGACGCUGGGGCGACCUGAUGCCACGCAGAGCCAGCGGCGGCGGAAGACCGUGCGCCUCCUGCUGGCCAACCUUGUCAUCUUCCUGCUGUGUUUCGUGCCCUACAAUGCCACGCUGGCGUUCUACGGGCUGCUGCGGGGCAACCUGGUGGUGGGCAGCCCGUCGGCCCGCGAUCAGGUGCGUAGAGUCCUGGUGGUAUUGGUGCUGCUGACUGGCGCCAACUGCGUGCUGGAUCCACUGGUGUACUACUUCAGUGCCGAGGGUUUCCGUAACACCCUGCGCGGCCUGGGCACUCCACUCCGGGACAGAACCUUGGCCACCAAUGGGGCUAGAGGGGCUGUUACUGAACCACCCUCAGAGACCACUGGGCUGGAUGCCACCAGUAAAGGGCUGCUCCAGCCCCUCGACACUGAGUGCCCCCAGGAGUCUAUCCUCUGAAGGCGUGUGAUGACAUAGUGCCGUCCAGCACGUCUCUGGCAGGCUCCGGGUGUGCACAGGAGGGAGGUGGCACUCGGACUUGCAGGAGGCAACUGCAGCGCUUGACUGUAGAGAAGAACAAAGUAUGGAAGCAAGGGCAGAGGCAAGGAAGAGUGCUGCUGGCAAGGACUUCUGUAAAUUGUUGGGGAAGAACAGAGGACCCUUCUCCAGGGGGUGGGAAGUGAUACCAUGAGCCUGCCCAUGGCUGAGAGCACUGGGUGGAACAGAAAAUGGAUGUCCUGGAUUUAGGCUGCACAGGAUCUGAGAGCUGAAGAUCCCUAGUCCUUGGUGGACCAAACUGCCUUUUGUACUAACCUUAGCAACAUGGAUGUCAUCUGCUCUCACCUCCACCUGGCUUCUCCUGCUCAGCAGAGAAGCAUAAUUCCAGGGUUUAUUUGAUAUAGACAGAAUUGGAUUCCUUCAAAAUCAUUCUCAUUCUCACUCAUAUUCUCUCUCUCUCUCUUUCUCUAUUUUGUCCAGAGAAAGGAGAACAUUCUUGGCACUUAAAGCAUUGUGAUCUCAGAUCCCUUUAUGCUGGUAGAAACUGAGUCACAGAGCAUUUCAUAGUCUUUGUUCUUUUCAUACUUAUUAUGUUAGAAACUAAACCUAGUACAUUUUUCAAACAUGGAAAUACACAAGCACACAUUCGUUAAUUGUGAGAGCGGUCAUAUUAUCACAUUUCAUGAAACCUCUGGAAAUCUCCACUGUAUACUUGUGACAGAAUGAGAGUGAGGAGGACAAAUGGCAUCUUAGUAGUAUUAUGGAAAUCAUUUUGACCUCAUGGGCUUCUUCAAAGAGCUGGUCCCUGGAUCACACUUUGAGAACCAAACUUGUGCUAAAGUAUUAAGGGCUCCUGUCUAACUUCUUCCAGGGCAUUACUAGAUAACAGUGUUUUUUAUGACUGUGGGGAGAGGACAAUGCUUAUCUAAUUGUUAAUGGUAGUCCUCAAUCUUGGGCUUUCUAGGGGCAGGUAGGAGCUGUACACCAAAUGAAACACCACCUUGGGCUUACCAGAACAGCAGCCCUGGGGGGACUGUGGAACCAGACACACAAAUACUCAGGAGUGGGGCACCUCUGGGGAGGGACAAAGGAACUGCACCACAUCCAGUAGAGAAGAGUUUACAAGGAAGUAAGAGUGAAAUGGGAAGACAAGAAUAGUUUGUCUGGUCUUAGCAAGCUGAAGGCAAGCAAAAAUGGUUUCCUUUCCUCUUUACCCAAGUGGGGGCUGGGAAGGACUGCAGAGUUGGCACUGUGACAUCUUCAGAACCUGACAUUAGUAUGAGCUGCUGCCAUGCAUGUGUCUUGUAUGGAUUUUAGUUUGUAUGUCUCUCAAUUCUGUAUGUGUUUGUGUGUGAAGGAAAGGGUGUGCGUAGGGGAGUGUGUGUGUGUGUGUGAGAGGGUUUUCCCAUGUGUGUCUGUGUUUUAGCUCAGAGUAAGUCUAUUGUGUGCCUACAAGAUUGGUGAUUUACAGGGGUAAAAUGACCCCUGGUGGCCAAACUAGGGAACUGAUCUAGAGUUCUCUGAAUGCUUUGAAGUCCUGGCCUUUCUCUAUCAGGUGGAAGUUAGAGACCUGACCAUGCCCUUACCUCCAGCUGCUCUAAAGGAGACCAGGUGGUUAGCACCUGCUUCAUCUUCCUUCAUCCUCUGGGUUCAAGACCUGUGCUUUUCUUGAUUGGAGAACACAAACUUCACAUACCAAACUCUCAGGACUUUGACCUACCCAAAUGGAACAGAACACAAUCUUUAAAAAUUACUUGAGGGGCGAAGAGUGUAGUUCAGUGGAAAAGUGCACAGUCAGGAUUCAGAAGGCCAUGGGUUCAAUCCCAGCACCAUAAAACUAAACAAGUAAAAACAUAAAAAAAAACUUUAAAAUACUUGAGUACUUUCACAUGUAGAGACAUGAGGGAAUUACAAAAUAAUUAAAACAGCAUGUAUUAAAAAAACAAACCAAAACUUCAAUGAUAUCUCCAAAAACACCCCAGCAUGUAUCACCUUCUAACAUACUGUAUACUUUGCUUAUUUAUUUAUUCCAAUUUUGAUGUUAUUUGUUGGUCUCCCCCCAUCUAAGCUCCACGGGAGCAGGGAUUUUUGUUUGAUUGGUUCUCUGAUGUAUCCACUCACAUCUAGAACAGUGCCUGACACAGAGGGAAUGCUCAAUAAAAAUUUGCUGAAUGAACAGUCAGAUAUUGCUGUGAAGUAGUUU